GUAUUACCGCGUUUACAAAAGACAACAGAAGAUAAGUUAGCUUAAAAAGAAAAGAUUCGAGUUUUAUAAAAAAAAAAAACUCCUUAAUUAGGGAUGUGACAUUGAAAAGUUGUUUAAAAAGUGAUUGUGCUAAAAGUUUACUUUUAUUCUUUUUCGAUUUCGAUAGAAUAUGUUCCAAUACGAGUAUGAGAAAGAUACACAGCAGCGCGACAGCCGUACGGCAGUGCGCGACAGUCGCGUUACAGUACGCGACUGGCACUCGCGGCCGUUGCCGCCGAGGCCUGAAGACAGAUUGCCUACUAAAACUAGUGUGCCCCUGAAAGUUUGGGUGAUAGCGAGCGCCUCGUGUUUCGCCGUGUGCGGGGCGCUGGUGCUGGCGACCAUCGUUAUCACCAGAACAGCUGCCAGCGAAAGCUACACCCCAAGACAGCUAUAUUCCGAAGCGAGGGAACCAUUAUAUCCAAUGGCCUAUCCACAACCAAGGCUACUUACAACCACUGAAGGUGAUACCGCAACAGCCCAAGAAAACGAAAACGAUAUCCAAUACCCGAUUCUCGAGAAACUGUCCAUCUUCAACAACAGGGUAGCGAAUCGAGACAAAAAGAAACCAGACGGAAAAAAUCUGGUGUCGAAACCACAAAUACAUCCAAUCCACGAUGUAAUACACCAUCCUGAGAGAAGAAUCGAAAAGAAAGAUAAAGCGAAACUAUCUGACACAAACAGCCAUGACUUUAUUAAUCCUCAUUACAAAAUAAAUAAAAAUGGUGGUAUAACGCCACCGCGUCAUAUAAAUCCAAAUAAUAAAGUUAACAGCAAUAAUCCAAAUAUAAAUCAAGCUGAACAGAGUAACGAUUUAAAUCGCGUACCCGAAUUCAAACCGACACUGCCAGAUGUUUUCAUCCGUGACAGCAAUAUCAAGUUAUCUGAUGGCUAUAUAGCUGGACUGAAAGAUCUGGAUAGCAAUUAUGAAGAGUACUUCGACGAUGAUAAUCUUUAUGACGAUUAUAUACAAAGCAAUUCAAUGACCAGUUAUUUAAUAGAAAAGGUUCAAGAGCUGCACGACUGGAUUAUCUCAGACGCUGACCUUGAAGGAAAACCUACUGAUAAAAGGGACUCCAGUAACUCAACAAACAAUAACGAAUUUGGACAGUUACUACAAGCGUUAAACGAGAGUCUGGUUGAGGGAAAUGUGACUAUAGUGAUGAGCAAACUCAGGGAGCUGUAUUACGGAGAGAAUUUCACAAGCGUGAACCAAAGUAGAAAAGUCAUUUUGAGUAACAGCACGAAUCUGCUCUCAUUUGGUAUUUUAACGCUAGAUGUUAUGCUUCUACAUAACAUACAGCUGAUGGCGUGGGAAAACCAGGAAUCAAUUCGUAACAAAAUGCUCAAAGAUCCAGAUGUGUUCGCAUUCAACGCACUGUUCAUGGAGCCAUCAAAGGUUGAGGUGAAGAGGAACGAAAUAUAUCACCAAUAUGACAGUUUUUCAAGAAGACAAAACCUUCGCCAAGAGGCAGAGGAAUCUGACUUCGGAAUGAAUCUUCUAGAAAAUGUACUGGAAAUAGGUAUGAGUACUGCACGCGCCGCUAUACACCUCGGGAGAGCUUUCAAGAACACCAAGAUGGUUUUGAACCAGCUGUCAAAUCGAGAAGCGUUAAAUGCCAACAUUCAAAAUCAACUUUCGCGCAACAUUGAUGCCCACACACACGCGCUGAAUCAUCUCCAAACGUCAUUCAAUAAGAAUGACAGUACGAGUUCCAGUGUUGCCAACUCUACGAAUGCAAUUUAUACCGAUUUAGAUUGUGUUUGGUUGUUGUAUUGCAAGAAUUUGGUGGCUACGGCGAAGUUGAACGCACCGUACGGUACAAUGGCUAGGAUUAAUGGGCUUGCGCUGCGUAUGCUGACGGGUGAGGUGCCAGCUGACCGGGCCAUAGAUAUCAUGAUGUACGAAGUAUUAACAGGAUGGACAGAACUGAAAUGUACAGACAUGUUUCCGAGAUGCAGCAAAGCAAAUCCAGCGACAGUGGUACUUGACUCAAUUCUUCAGCCAUUGAGAAAAUCACAAAAUACUUCUAAUAGGUUAUAGUAAAAAUGUUAGAAGGACAAAAACUACUAAAAGUAGCACUGUUCUGUUUUUAGUAGUACAGUGCUACUCAUAGUAAUAUUCAUGAAGUAAUAGGUCAAUUUAAAGAAAAGAUGAAAAGUUUCUACAGUUACACCCAACUUCUCUAUAAAACGUUUUAAAGUAUAAACAACUGCUGCACAAGUUUUAAUAGUAAAAACUAACAUCCUUAGUUCAAAGGGCCAUUUUUAGGUCAGUGAUUAAAAAAGACAAAAGCGCACGAGUUUACUAGGUUAGACUAGGUAUGUCUAAAAAGCUACUUGAAUGGUAGAAAAUCUCUACAAAUUAGGU